GCUGCCAUAACGGUUCGGCUCCGCUCCGGCGCGGCGCCUGCGCCCCACUGGCCUGGGUCGCUGCGUCCCAGAGCCUCCGCAUGUCAUGUCCCGGCUGCGCCUCUGGGCCCCACUGCUCCUCCUCACGUGGCAACCACUGUGGCUGCUGGUCCAGGCAGCUCAGCCUCCGGAGUGGGCCCUGGACCCUGCCCAGUUGACCUCCGACUUCCUAGGGCCAGCCGAGCCCUGGUCUUCGCACUCCUCUGAACUCCCGCCCGAAUCGCCCCGGGCACUUACACCCCCCGCGGAGCCGGGGGGCUUUAAAUACUUGGGGUCCUCUGCUCCAGUCCAGAUGUUGGCCCCGCCUAAGGAAUUGACUGAGACUUUGGUUCCGUUCCCGGACACGGAUUCAGUUGGCGAGCUGCCCCCAGAGGCAGAUCAGGAUCUGAAUGACAAGCUAACCCAGCAUGAAAGGCUCCCGGAGGUGGCUCCAAGGCCAGGUUGGGAUCAGAAUCAGACCAUAGCUCUGCCUCUUGGACUCAAAAGUAAGAUUAAAGUUGUAGGUUUGGAUCAGGCUGAAGAUCACCAAUCAUUUGAAAUACUUGUUCCACCUCUGGAUGUUCAGAGUUCAAAGCCAACACAGUUUAUUGUUUCACCCCCAAACCUGGAGGAAGAUCUUGUUCAGCAUCGAAGGCUUGCCAAAGUCAUUGUUGGAACUCCCAACCAACUUGCAAAUAAAGAGCUCUUAGAACAGCUGCAGGAUGAUUCAGAUUCCAGUAUGGAUAUCCUAUAUCCUGGGGAGAACCUACCAGUGGAUUUCCCGGGGCGACCAGAACAACCUCCAAAUCUCCCUGAGGAGGCUGAAAUUCCCCCGCUCCUGCAGGAGACCCAAAAUCAUCUACAGUUCCCUGAGGAGGCUGAAUCUAUUUUGCCUCAGGUGGAGGCCCAGGCCCAGCAUCCAGAGCCCCCUGAAGAGACAGAAACCUCUCCAGAUCAGCGGCAGCCUCUAUCUUCGCCUCCGGAGUUCCUUAAGGAAGGUGGAAGUUCUGUAAACCCACAGGAGGCCCCAGCUGAGCCUUCAAGCACAAAUGAAGAGGUCGAACCUUCUUCAGUCCAUCAGGAAGCCUCAGCUCAACCUACAGAGGCCCCUGAGGAAGUAGAACCUUUGACCCCUCAGGAGGCCCCAGGUCAACCUCUAGAGAUAUCUAAGGAGGUGGUACCGCAACCGAUAGCACAUGAGGUAGAUGUGCCGUCUCUCAGUCAGGAUGAAGCCCAGCGGCCAAACCUCCACAACGUGACUGUUAAGCCUGUGGAUCUGGCACUUACCAUAACUGUAACUCAGCCUCCAGAACACACGGAGGAGGCUGAGCCAUCUCCAAUCCAACCAGAGGCCCCUGCUCAGCCAGCAGAGCGCCCUGAAGAGGCUGAGCCCACCCCAGUCCAGCCAGAGAUCCCUGCUCAGCCUGUAGAGCUUCCCGAGGAGGCUGUGCCCACCCCAGUCCAGCAGGAGGGCCCGGUUCAGCCAACAGAGAGCCCUGAGGAGGCUGUGCCCACCCCAGUUCAGCCUGCAGAGAGCCCUGAGGAGGCUGGGCCCACCGCAGCCCAGCCAGAAGCCGUGGCUCAGCCUGUAGAGCUCCCCGAGGAGGCUGUGCCCACCCCAGUCCAGCCAGAAGCCGUGGCUCAGCCUGUAGAGCUCCCCGAGGAGGCUGUGCCCACCCCAGUCCAGCCAGAAGCCGUGGCUCAGCCUGUAGAGCUCCCCGAGGAGGCUGUGCCCACCCCAGUCCAGCCAGAAGCCCUGGCUCAGCCUGUAGAGCGCCCUGAGGAGGCUGGACCCACCCCAGUCCAGCCUCAGAAUCCUGCUCAGCCUAUAGAGCUCCCCGAGGAGGCUGGGCCCACCCCAGUCCAGCCAGAGACCCCGGCUCAUACUGUAGAGCUCCCUGAGGAGGCUGGGCCCACCCCAGUGCAGUCAGAGGACUUAGCUCAGCCAGCAGAGCUCCCUGAGGAGUCUGGGCCCACCCCAGCCCAGCUGGAGACCCCAGUUCAGCCCACGGAGCACCCUGAGGAGGCUGGGUCCACCCCAGUCCAGCCAGAGACCCCGGCUCAGCCUGUAGAGGCCCCCGAGGAGGCUGGGUCCACCCCAGUCCAGCCAGAGGCCUCAGCUCAGCCAGCAGAGCACCCUGAGGAGACUGGGCCCACCCCAGUCCAGCUGGAGAUCCCAGUUCAGUCUGUAGAGCGCCUGAAGGAGGCUGGGCCCACCCCAGUGCAGCCAGAGGCCCCAACUCUAGUUCCAGAGUUUCCUAUGGAGUACCUACCUCAAACUCCUGUAAAUGAUGAGAUGCUACGUCAACCUAUAAGCCACCAUCCAAGCUAUUUCAAGUUUGCCAGUGUUACAUAUAAACCUGUGGAUCUGGCACUUACUAUAACUCCAGAGCCGGCUAAGGAGGUUGAUUCUUCUACAGCCCAGCAGGAGAUCCCACCUCAGUCUCUUGAGCAUACUGAGGAAGCAGAACCUCCUUCAAUCCAGCAAGAGACCUCAGCUAAGCCUCCAGAGGAAGGUGAGCCUUCAGGUGAGCAGGAGCAACCAGCUCAGCCUUCUGAGUCUCCUGGGGGGACUGAACCUUUUCUAACUCAGCAGGAGACCCCAGCUCAGCCUUCAGAGCCUCCCGAGGAAGCUAAGCCUUCAAGUGUACAGGAACAACCAGCUCCCCUUUCUGAGCCUAGUGGGGAAUUUGAACAUUCUCUGACUCAGCAGGAGACUCCAGCUCAUUCCUCAGAAAAUCCUGAAGAGGCAGAACAUUUCCCAGCUCAGCAGGAGAUCCCAACUCAUUCCUCAGAGAAUCCUGAAGAGGCAGAACACUCCCCAGCUCAGCAGGAGAUCCCAACUCAUUCCUCAGAGAAUCCUGAAGAGGCAGAACAUUCCCCAGCUCAGCAGGAGAUCCCAACUCAUUCCUCAGAGAAUCCUGAAGAGGCAGAACAUUCCCCAGCUCAGCAGGAGAUCCCAACUCAUUCCUCAGAGAAUCCUGAAGAGACUGAACACUCCCCAGCUCAGCAGGAGACCCCAACUCAUUCCUCAGAGAAUCCUGAAGAGGCAGAACAUUCCCCAGCUCAGCAGGAGAUCCCAACUCAUUCCUCAGAGAAUCCUGAAGAGGCAGAACACUUCCCAGCUCAUCAGGAGAUCCCAACUCAUUCCUCAGAGAAUCCUGAAGAGGCAGAACACUCCCCAGCUCAGCAGGAGAUCCCAACUCAUUCCUCAGAGAAUCCUGAAGAGGCAGAACAUUCCCCAGCUCAGCAGGAGACCCCAGCUCAGCCUACAGAGCAUCCUGAGGAGGUAAAACCUGCAACUCAGCAGGAGCCCCCAGUUCCGCUUCCAGAGACUUUUGGAGAAGCUGAACCUUCUUCUUCUUCAGCCCAGGAGGAGGCCUCAGCUCAGCCUGCAGAACUUCCUGAUAAGGCAGAAUCUUCAAUCCAGCAGGAGACCCCAGCUCAGUCUCCAGGAGAGAUAGAACCUUCAGCAACCCUACAAGAACAACCAGCUCAGCCUCCAGAGCUGCCUUCUGGGGAGGUGGAACCUGCUCCAACCCAGCAGGAGCACCUAGCUCAACCUCUAGGGCAUCAGUGGGUGACAGUUUCGCCUCUAGGUCACCAUCAUGUUCAACAUUUAAACAUUCCCAGUGUUAAACCUGCAGAUGUGCAGGUCACCAUAACACCAGAACCCACUCCAGAGGUGGAAACUCUGCCAGUUCAGCAUGAGGCUGCAGCUCAGCCCUCUGUGCCCCUUGAUGUGGAACCUUUUGCAACCCAGCAUGAAGCCCCAACUCUGCCUCCACAGUCCCCUGAGGAAGCUGGACAUUUGCCAGUUGAGCAGGAGACUCCAACUGAUUCCCCAGAACCUACAAUACAGGAGAAACUUCCAGCACAGCAGGAGACCCCAGUUCAGCAUCUGGAGUAUCCUGGAGAAGUUAAACCUCCCACAACCCAGCAGGAGGCCCCAGCUCAGCAAUCACAGGCCCCUGAAGGAGGCAAACCAUCUUCAACCCAGGAGGAGGUCCCAGCCCAACCUCCAGAGACUCAGGGAGAGAGAGAACCAUCUUCAUCCCAGGAGGAGGCUCCAGCUCAGUUUCCACAGACCCCUGAGAAGGGUGAAUCUUCAGCCCAGGGGGAGAGCCAAGGUCAGCAUCCACAGACCCCUGAGGAGGUUGCACCUUCUCCAACCCAGCAGGAGGCUGAAGCUCAGCACCCUCAGGUCCCAGAGGAGAGAGAGCCUUCUUCAACCCAACAAGAGACCCCAAAUCAGUACCCAGAGUCUCUUGAAGGGAUUCAAUCUUCUCUGGCCCAGUCAGAGGCCACAGUUCAGCAUCCAAAUCCCCUUGGGGAGGUUAAACCUUAUGCAACAUAUCAGGAGGUCCCAAGUCAGCAUCUACAGACUUCGGAGGAGGUUUACCCUUCUGCCACCCAGCAGGAAGCUGCAGCUCAGCAUCCAGAGCCUUCUGGUGAGGUUGAACCUUCCCCAACCCAGCAGGAGGUCCCAGCUCACUCUCCAGAGCAUCAUGUGGUAACAGUUUCUCCUCUAGGUCAGAGUCAAGCUCAGGUUCUGCUGUUGCCCCAUGUCACUGUUAAACCUGUGGAUCUGGCACUUACCAUAACUCCAGAGUCCACCAAUGAGGUUGAAACUUCUUUACCCCAACAAGAGGCCCCAGCUCAGUCUGCAGUGUUCCCUGGGCAGUUGGAACCUUCUUCAGUCCAGUCAGAGGCCCAAGAUCAGCAUCCAGCCCCUCCUGGAAAUGUUGAACCUUCUCCAAUCCAACAGGGAGCCCCAACUCAGCCUGAAGAUCUUCCUGAGGAAAAUGAACUAUCCCCAAUUCAGCAGGAAGCUGCAGCUCAGUAUCCAGAGCCUUCUGGUGAGGUUGAACCUUCUCCGGUCCAGCAGCGAGGUCCAACCCAGCCUGAAGGUCUUCCUGAGGAAAUUGGAGCUCCUCCAAUCCAGCAGUGGAGCUCACCUCUGUCUCACAUGCGUGUUGUGGGUGUAGAACCUUCUCCAGUCCAGCAUGCUGUCCCAGGUCAUCAUCCAAACCCCAAUGAGGGGAUUGGGCCUUCUCCAGUUCAGCAUGAGAACCUAGCUCCGCCUCCAGAGUCCUCUACAGAUGUUGUAUCUCAGCCUCCAGUACAUCAUGAGGUGACAUUCUCACCUUUAGGUCCCGGUAAAGCUCAGUAUCCACUGUUGACCAAUAUCACAGUUAAACCUACAGAUCUGGAGAUUUCCAUAACUCCAGUGCCAACUAAGGCUGAGCAUUCUCUAGUGCAGCAGGAGUUCCCUGCUCAGGCUCCAGUUCCCCCUGAGCAGGUUGAAUUUUCUCCAACCCAGUCCAAGCCUCUUUUCCAGUCUCCGGUGAUCCCCAAAGAUGAAUCUCCUCCAGGCCAACAAGAGGUCAUAGCUCAGACUCCAGACCCUCCUAAGGAGGUGGAACCUGCUUCAAGCCAAUGGGAGGUCCCAGCUGAGCCAUCACAGACCCUUAAGGAGAUUGAACCAUCUGCAAAUGAACAUGCAGUCUCAGCUCAUCCUCCAAAGCCCCCCAAGGAAGUCAAACCUGCAACCCAACUGGAGGCCCCAGCUCAGUCUCCUGUCCCCCAGCAGGCCCAAACUAUACCCCCUGAGCCCCCUAAUGAGGUAGAACCUCCUCCCACGCAACUGGAGGCCCCAGCUCAGCCUCCCGAACUCCCUGAGAAGGUAGAAACAUCUCCAGCCCAGCAGGAAGUCUCAGCUCAGCCUUUGGAGCCCCCUAAUGAAGCAGAAUCUUCAACCCAGCAGGAGGCCCUAGCUCAGUCUCCAGUUCACCAACAGGCCCCAGCUAUAUCUCAGCCCCCUAAGGAGGUAGAAUAUUCUCCAACCCAGCAGGAGGCCCCAGCUCAGUCCCCUGUCCCCCUGCAGGCCCCAGCUAUAUCUCCUGAGCCCCCUAAGGAGAUAGAAACUUCUCCCACACAGCUGGAGCCCCCAGUUCAGCCUUCAGAGCCCCCUAAUGAGGCAGAAUCUUCUCCAACCCAGCAGGGGGCUCCAGCUCAGGCCCCUGUCCCCCCGCAGGCCCCAGCUAUAUCUCCUGAGCCCCCUAAGGAGAUAGAACCUUCUCCCACACAGCCGGAAGCCCCAGCUCAAUCCCUUGUCCCCCCACAGGCCCCUGCUAUAUCUCCUGAACCCCCUAACGAGGUAGAACCUUCUCCCACACAGCCGGAGGCCGCAGCUCAGCCUUCAGAGCCCCCUAAUGAGGCAGAAUCUUCUCCAACUCAGCAGGAGGCCCCAGCUCAGUCCCCUGUCACCCCACAGGCCCCAGCUAUAACUCCUGAGCCCCCUAAGGAAGUGGAACCUUCUCCCACACGGCCAGAGGCCCCAGCUCAGCCUCCAGAGCCCCCUGAGAAGGUAGAAGUAUCUCCAGUCCAGCAGGAAACCCCAGCUCAGCCUUCAGAGACCCCUAAUGAGGCAGAAUCUUCUUCAACCCAGCAGGAGGCCCCAGCUCAGGCCCCUGUCCCCCUGCAAGCCCCAGCUAUAUCUCCUGAGCCCCCUAAGGAAGUGGAACCUUCUCCCACACGGCCGGAGGCCCUAGCUCAGCCUCCAGAGCCCCCUAAUGAGGCAGAGUCUUCUUCAACCCAGCAGGAGGCCUCAGCUCAGGCCCCUGUCCCCCUGCAAGCCCCAGCUAUAUCUCCUGAGCCCCCUAAGGAAGUGGAACCUUCUCCCACACAGCCGGAGGCCCUAGCUCAGCCUUCAGAGCCCCCUAAUGAGGCAGAGUCUUCUUCAACCCAGCAGGAGGCCUCAGCUCAGGCCCCUGUCCCCCUGCAAGCCCCAGCUAUAUCUCCUGAGCCCCCUAAGGAAGUGGAACCUUCUCCCACACGGCCAGAGGCCCCAGCUCAGCCUCCAGAGCCCCCUGAGAAGGUAGAACCAUCUCCAGUCCAGCAGGAAACCCCAGCUCAGCCUUCAGAGCCCCCUAAUGAGGCAGAGUCUUCUUCAACCCAGCAGGAGGCCUCAGCUGAGGCCCCUGUCCCCCUGCAAGUCCCAGCUAUAUCUCCUGAGCCCCCUAAGGAAGUGGAACCUUCUCCCACACGGCCAGAGGCCCCAGCUCAGCCUCCAGAGCCCCCUGAGAAGGUAGAACCAUCUCCAGUCCAGCAGGAAACCCCAGCUCAGCCUUCAGAGCCCCCUAAUGAGGCAGAGUCUUCUUCAACCCAGCAGGAGGCCCCAGCUGAGGCCCCUGUCCCCCUGCAAGUCCCAGCUAUAUCUCCUGAGCCCCCUAAGGAAGUGGAACCUUCUCCCACACGGCCAGAGGCCCCAGCUCAGCCUCCAGAGCCCCCUGAGAAGGUAGAACCAUCUCCAGUCCAGCAGGAAACCCCAGCUCAGCCUUCAGAGCCCCCUAAUGAGGCAGAAUCUUCUUCAACCCAGCAGGAAGCCCCAGCUCAGGCCCCUGUCCCCCCGCCGGCUCCAGCUAUAUCUCCUAAACCCCCUAAGGAGGUGGAACAUUCUCCCACACAGCCAGAGGCUCCAGCUCAGCCUCCGGAGCCUCCUGAGAACGUAGAACCAUCUCCAGUCCAGCAGGAAGCCCCAGCUCAGCCUUUAGAACUUCCUGACAAAGUGGAACCUUUUCCAGUCUCUCAAGAGACCCAUUCUCAGCUUCCACAGUCUCCUGAGAAGGUGGAAUCCUCUCCAGUCCUGCAAGAAGCCCCAUCUCUACCUCUAGAGCCCCUUAAGGAGAUAGAACCUUCUCCAAACCAGCAGGAGGCUCCAGCUCAGCCUCCAGAACCACCUAAGGAGGUUGUAGCACAACCUCCAGUCCAUAAGGAGGUGAUAGUUCCACCUCCAGGACAAGAUCAAGCUCAGUAUUCACACUUGCCCAGUGCCACUGUUAAACCUGUGGACCUGGAGCUUACUAUAACUCCAGAGCCUACUACGGAGGCUGAGCAUUCUACGGCCCUGCAGCAGACUCUAACUCUUCCAGAGGACCCUGCGGUGACAAUUCCACAUCCAGAGCAUGUUCAGGCUCAGCAACCAAAUUUGACUGAAGUCACUGUUCAACCUUUAGACCUGGAGCUUACUGUAACUCCAGAACCCACUACAGAGGUUGAACCUCCAACCAUGCAGGAGACCCCAGAUCAGCCUUCAGAGCUGCCUAAGGAGGUUGUACGUCAGCCUCCAGCAUAUCAGGAGGUGACAGUUCCAACUCAAGGCCAAGAUCAAACUCAACAUCUAUUAUUACCCAACGUAACAUUUCGACCUUUGGACCUGGAGCUUACCGUAACUGCAGAACCCACUACAAAGGUUGAGCAUUCUCCAACCACGAAGAAAACUACAGCUCCCCCAAAGGACCUCGAAGUGACAUUCGCACACCUAGAGCAGAUUCAGGCUCAGCAUCCAACUUUGACUGAAGUCACAGUUCAACCUUUGGACCUGGGGCUUACCAUAACUCCAGAAUUCACUAAGGAGACUGAACUUUCUGUACCUAUGCAGGAGAUCCCAGUUCAGCCUCCAGAGAAACCUAAGGAGGUUGUCGUAGCUCAAUCUCCAGUAUAUCAGGAGGAGACUGUUCCAACACCAGGUCAGGAUCAAGCUCAGCAUCCAUCAUCACCCAAUGUAACAGUUCAACCUUUGGACCUGGAACUUACUGUAAGUCCAGAACCCACUACAGAGGUUCAACAUUCUACAACCUUGAAAAAAACUACAGCUCCUCCAAAAGACCUUGAGGUGACAUUUGCACAUUCAGAGCAGGUUCAGUCUCACCGUCCAACCUUAAAUAAAGUCACAGUUAAACCUUUGGACCUGGAACUCACUGCAACUCCAGAAUCUACUACAGAGGUUGAACUUUCUUCAGCCAUUCGUGAGACCCCAGAUCAGCCUCCAGAGCCACCUAAAGAACUUGUAUCUCAACCUCCCAUGUAUCAAGAGGCAGUGGUUCCAACACCACGUCAGGAUCAAGCUAAGCAUCUGUGGUCAUCAAAUGUGACAGUUCAACCUUUGGACCUGGAGAUUACCAUAACUCCAGAAUCUACUACAGAGGUUAAACAGUCUACAACAAUGCAGCAGCAGCAAACUACAACUCCUCCAAAGGACCUUGAGGUGACAUAUCCACAGUCAGAGCAGGUUCAGGUUCAGCAUCCAACCUUAAAUAAAGUCACAGUUAAACCUUUGGACCUGGGUCUUACCAUAACUACAGAACGUACAACAGAGACAGAAACUUCUCCGACCAUGCAAGAGACCCCAACUCAGCCUCCAGAGCUGCCUAAGGAGAUUGUAGUUCAGUAUCCAUUCCAUCAGGAAGCAACAGCUCCAACUCCAAGUAAGGAUCAAGCUCAGCAUCCAGUUUCAGCCAGCAUCACAUUUCAUCAUGAGGACUUGGUGCUUACCAUUACUCCAGAACCUAUUACAGAGACUGAACAUUCUACAAACAUGAAGAAGACUACACCUUCUCCAAAGGACCUUGAGGUGACACUUGCACAUCCAGAACAGGUUCAGAGUCAACAUCCAAACCUGACUGAGGUCACAGUUCCACCAAUGGACCUGGAAAUUACUGUAACCGCAGGAUCCAAUAUGGAGGUUGAACCUUCUCCAACCAUGCAAGAGACCCCAACUCAGCCUCCAGAGCUACCUAAGGAGAUUGUAAUACAAUAUCCAUUCCAUGAGGAGGUGACAACUCCAACUCCAAGUAAGGAUCAAGGUCAGCAUCCAGUGUCACCCAGGGUUACAUUUCAUCGUGAGGACUUGGGGCCUACCAUUACUCCAGAACCUACUACAGAGGCUGAAUAUUCUACAACCACAAAGAAGACUACAACACCUCCUCCAAAGGACCAUGAGGUGACACUUGCACAUCCAGAACAUGUUCAGAGUCAACACCCAAACCUGACUGAAACCACGGUUCUACCUAUGGACCUGGAAAUUACUGUAAGUCCACAACCAGAGUCAUCUGAGACAGUUUUUCCGCCAACGACCCAGCAUUCACUGGUGCAUUUUGUAAAAUACAUCCCAGAAAAGGCACGCACAGCUUUAACUGAGCCACCAGAAGAGAAUGCUACCAUGAACAUCAACAUAUGUGAGCUCUGUACCUGCAAAGAUGAGACGCUGUCAUGUACUGGUUUCAGCCCAAAGCAGAGGCUCCGCAGAGUGCCUGUGCCAGAGCCCAACACCUACAAUGGCACCUUCACCAUCUUAAAUUUCCAAGGAAAUUCUAUUUCUUACAUUGAUGAAAAUAUAUGGAAGGCAUAUCGAUGGGCUGAGAAACUGAUUCUCAGUGAAAAUUCUUUGACCGAAUUACAUAAGGACUCUUUUGAAGGCCUGCUAUCCCUCCAGUAUUUAGAUUUAUCCUGCAAUAAAAUACAAUCUAUUGAAAGACGUACAUUUGAACCACUACCCUUUUUGCAGUUUAUAAAUCUUGGUUGCAAUUUACUCACGGAACUGAGCUUUGGAACAUUUCAGGCUUGGCACGGAAUGCAGUUUUUACACAAGUUAAUUCUCAAUCGUAAUCCUCUGACAACUGUUGAAGAUUCAUAUCUUUUUAAAUUGCCGGCAUUAAAAUAUUUAGACUUGGGAACGACACAGGUGACCCUUUCAACAAUUGAGAGCAUCCUCAUGAUGACCCUUGAAUUGGAAAAACUGAUUUUACCUAGCCGUAUGGCCUGCUGUCUCUGUCAAUUCAAAAAUAAUAUUGAGGUUGUCUGCAAGACAGUCAAGCUGCAUUGUGACAGUGAAUGUAUGACAAAUGCCACACAUUGUGAUGAAGAAGUAUCUAUAAGGAAUACAGAAGGCUCAUUCAUGAAGGUAUUGAAAGCCCGGAAGAAGAGCACCAGUACUGAGCUGACUAUUGAGCCAGAGAAGGCAUCCUCAGACAAAAAUAGCGUCAGUCUAGCCUUUAUCAAUGAGCAGCUAGACUUCAAUGAUGAAAGUGAUGUUAUUAGUGCACUGAAUUACAUAUUGCCUUAUUUCUCAGAGGGAAAUCUAGAAGAUGUAGAAUCAACAUUAUUACCAUUUAUUAAACUUCUGUUUUCAAAUGUACAAGAUGGAGACAAGCCCACAGGUCCCUUGACAAACAACACAGGGAGCCUAUCUCUUAAACCUGGACCCAACAAUUCAACUUACAAAAAUAAACUGAAGAAACUCUACUUUCUGGAAAAUUUGUUAGAUGCAGAAAUUCAAGAAAAAAUUGAUGAGGUGAAAAAAAAAGAAAAAAUUGCCAUGCUUAUACAUUCCGGUCUUUUCGGUCCCAAAUUUAAACGCCAGAUCUUUCCAAAGAAAUUGGAAACUGCCCAAGCUCAGGAAGAGAGCCUCGCCAAGGCUGAGCAUGUAGGGAAAAAGAUGCUGAGAGUGAAAAAGGUCAUCAAGGGCCCCAAGGGCCUACGGAAAAGGUACUUCAAAGAAUUGCGCCGUCAGAGAAACCAGAAGAAACAGAAUGCCCAGCCAUUUGUGGAGAACGUGGCCAAAGAAAGAAGGCUCAGGAGACCAUCUACAAGGGAGCUGGAGCAGCUUCACAUGGCACAGAGGCCCAAGAAAUUAGUGGGGGACUCCUUCAAUACAGAGCCUUCAUUCAUAAAGGAGCACAAGGCAGCAGUCUCUUCCUUCCUGAAACAAUACUCGUUGGGCAGGCCUUCUGCCUCCACUGCUCCGAAAUCCCUACCUGAGGUGAAAAACAAAUCAAAAGACUUAACCUACACCAUUUUUGUUUUAGAGGAUGCAAAUGCUAGAGUGAAGAAUAUGAAGGCUCCCAGACCAGUCUCACAUUCCGGAAAGAAGUACAUCUUUCAUAAAACUCGCUCACGUGUGGUCCACAGAGAACCCAAGGCCAAACGGAAUCGAAAAUUCAAAAAGAAAAGUCCUCUCAGAAAUAAACUGAUGCUGGCAAAGAGGCCUCCGUUCUCUGCAGUCAGGAGCCUCAUAAAUUCCCCCUCACGGGAGGCUUUUUCAUCUUCAGGAGAAAUGAGUUCUCAGGAAAAUCCUUUUCCGGAAUUAUUUACUCUUUCAGAACCUCUUAGGGAAAACACUACUGUGGAAAACACUACUACGCAGAAUGUUUUUGAAGAGACGGUGCCAGAACAAACCCUCCCUGAAUUCGGGAACCAUGAGAAUCUUCCCAGGGCACAUUCUGCAGCCACCGGAGACAACUUUAUGCCAACUGUUAAACAAACCAAUGAAACACAAUGGGAAUACCACAACAUGGGCACCGAAUUGCCCCCGAAGUCCACAGAGUUCACUGUGUCGAAGCACUCAGCCACAGGGGAUCUAUUUGAAAUUCAGCUAAACCAGCAGCUACGGUCCCUCAUCCCCAACAAUGAUGUGAGAAGGCUCAUUUCUCAUGUUAUCCGGACUUUGAAAAUGGACUGCUCCGAGACCCACGUGCAACUGGCCUGUGCCAAGCUCAUCUCCAGAACAGGCCUCCUGAUGAAGCUUCUCAGUGAGCAGCAAGAAGUAAAGGUGUCCAAGGCUGAGUGGGAUACGGACCAAUGGAAGACUGAGAACUAUAUCAACGAGAGCACAGAAGUCCAGAGUGAACAGAAAGGGCAGGAGUCCAGUGAGCUCACAAAAGAAGUUCCAGGUUAUGGCUAUAACAACAAACUCAUCUUGGCAAUAUCUGUGACUGUAGUAGUGAUGAUUUUGAUUAUAGUUUUCUGUCUCAUUGAGAUUUAUUCUCAUAGAACAGCAUCAGAGGAAGGUAAAGAAGGAAACUCAAGGGGCUUCUUUCGGUCUCUGCUGCGGAAGAGAUGCUCAUCCGAAAAUGAGAAUCAGGAGGGCUUUUUCUGGAGAAGGCGGCCACUUUGGCUUCGGGACAUGUACAGACCUCUCAAUGCCACACGCAAGAAAAACAUGGCACAGAAGUUACACGACAAGGAUUCUUCUGAUGAGGAUGAGAUUUUCAACAAGGAACCAGGAGAGAAAAGUGAAGCCACAGCAGAGAAGACUCAGGCCACAGAUUCGACUGCUGAAGAGCUGGGUGAGGAGAGUGAGACUGCCGCAGAGACCGUCACCGAGUGAGCCCAGCCUGCCUCAGGCCGCCUACAGAGUUUAUUUUCUGAUAUUGGCUUCUCAGCAUUGCCUGUAAAAUACUUAUUUUUCUCAUAUUAAAAUGUAUAAGUUCAUAACCAAUUCUAGCCACGUGGUAAGGAAUAAAAAUGGAACCAGUUAAACAUGUAUUAUUGAGAGAACAGGGACCACGGGCACAAGGAGCAGGACUGAAGGUAGAAUCCCUCGUGGGUGCCGGUGUCCUGGAGCAGCGCGGGCAAAGGAGGAUGAGUAGUGGUGUCUCUCCCUCAUUUCCCUGAUCAAAUCAGUCUCUGGAAACCGAAAAACAUAUCUUCAGGGGGUGUAGACUGGGUAAUUAAAUCAAUGAGCAGUUUAUUCUGGUGCUCUCUUCCCUGGCUCACCAAAUAUCAGUAACUCACAACACACUUGACCUCUUGCCCAGAGAAGAUCAUCUAUUUCUGGCGCCUCCCGUAAGGGCUUUGGCAUUGCCAGAAUAUUUGAAUCACUGAGCCUAGCUCCACGGCAGGCCUAAACCCUAACUUCCUUCCCAAGUGCGCAAUCUCGUGCACAAAAUGUGUGCCCUGUCUUGGCAAGUUGAGGGUUCUUCACCCUUUGAAGGGAGUAGAUAAUUCACAUUGGGGUUUUUUUG